AUGUUAGGAAAUGCGAUACUUCGUCUGUCUGCUCCUGUGUCGUUCUCGUUGAGUCGGGCCAUUUCAAGAGAGCCCGAGACAAUCUGUAGUGAAGAGAGCAGCAACGACAACUCGGAUGACUCUGACGAUGACAGUGACGCCCAAUGCUCAAAACCAAAAAAAGUAAAACCCCAAUGUCAGUUACCAGUGAGUAGGAAAGAAGUUCCCAACAAGUACAAGGUCUGGAGCGUAGCUAUACAGGAGGAGGCCCUAACAGAGACGCUGACUAAGUGCGACGUAGAAGCUAUAGAUCGUGAGAGGAGCGUGGAAUCGUACAACUACAAAGUAGUAGACAACACUGACUACAGUCAUUACAAUGAUUUCCACAUGUCGGUCUCUGAAUGUCCCUUGAUAGAGAACAAAUACAUCAACAGCAAAGUACGGCAAACAAGACGUGGCCGAGGACAUAGCCAAGAACUGAGAGAGUCUAAGAUCGAUCUCAUCUUAAAUGUUGUACUGGUGUUGGGCAAGGAGAAGGCUAUUGCUCUGUACAACGAAACCAAAGAUGUAGAAGAUAAUGGAGGCAUGCUGUUAAUGAAUGGAGAGAGAAGGCGGACAGCAGGAGGUGUGUACUUCCUGUUGCUGAAGAGAGACAACACCAUCAGCUCGGAUGCCACAAAGGAAAUAUUCAACGAUAAAUUUUGUAACAGGAAGAAAAAGAAAGCACAUAGGAAAAAAAAAGAGCAAGAAGUAUGAUGAAAUUAAAGAGACUUUAAUAAGAGAAAAACUCCUUGGGCUUAACACUGCUGCGUAUCCUCCCGAGUCGGAUACAAAACAGUCUGGUGGUCUACUGGACGCAGAAAGCAAUAACCUAGAAGAGGGCGAGGUGGAGCUGACCGUAACGAACCCACCGCCGUCUCCCGCCACAGACCAGGAUACGCCUCCUUCGCGCACGCUAGUCUACAGCGAGGACGAGACCGAACAUGUGGACACCGGCACGUCCAUCUGCGCGGAGAGUAUAGGUCGCAAGGUUGUUAGCUACGAAGACGACGACGACGGUGACUUUUUGGACUUAGAUGUCGACGAAAUGGAUGUGUUUUGAAUUUUGUGAUAUUACAGUAAAUAUUAAGUACCGUAGCAUGUAAAUAUCGUAAUUACUUGGUAAUAUUUUUCUAAUGUAUUUAUACAUUAAUGUUGUAAUCAGCUAUUUUUUUAAGUAUUGAUCGAUACGAGA